GAGAGAGCGCGCGCGCGAGAGAGCGAGAGAGAGAGGUGCGAAAGUUUGCAGAGGUUUUUUUUGUUGUCUCCGAAUUUCAGGAAUAAGAUUUUCUUGGACAGACCCCGAAAGUGUUCCGCUUGUUACGAGGGUCGACGCAGGGAUGCCGAGGUCUUUUCUGGUGAAAAACAAAAGGUGCGCCUCCUACAAUGUGCACCGGACUCAUCUGGACGACCCGGAGGACCAGACAGCAGAGUUCCUGUCCAAAGUACAGAGCCCAGGCUGUCCAGAAAGGCCCCAGUCAGUGGGCCUUUCUUGCCCAGCUUCCCACCAGGACCACUGUUCUUUAGGCGAAGAGGAGCCCACAUGCCCCUUACCUAGUCUGCCAGAGCCAGCCCAACCACCUAUGACCCCCACGCAACCCUACUACAUACCCGCGCCUCCUGUGACAGAAUUCCCGACCUACUAUAAGUGUGCGGAGCCCUUGAACGCGAUGCCUUCGGCCUAUCAGCACCAUCCGAUGGCUUUUAGGCCGACUGUGCUGCAGCAUGCCCGCAGUCUGUAUGGCGCUCACGUCAGCCACGCGCCUCAACCUCAGCAGCCUCUGGACUGCAGCGCCAACUAUUCCCCCACCUCCAACACCUACCACUGUAUCACCUGUGACAAGGAGUUCUCGACCCCUCAUGGACUCGAAGUGCACGUGAGGAGAUCGCACAGCGGGACACGGCCCUUUGGCUGUAGCAUUUGUCGGAAAACCUUCGGCCACACUGUCAGUCUGGAGCAACACAUGAACGUCCACUCCCAAGAAAAGAGUUUCGAGUGCAAGUUGUGCGGGAAGACCUUCAAGCGCUCUUCCACCCUCUCGACACACCUGCUCAUCCACUCGGACACAAGGCCGUACCCCUGCCAGUUCUGUGGCAAGAGGUUCCAUCAGAAAUCGGAUAUGAAGAAACACACCUACAUUCAUACAGGUGAGAAGCCCCAUAAAUGCCAGGCAUGCGGUAAGGCCUUUAGCCAGAGCUCCAACCUCAUCACCCACAGCAGAAAGCACACAGGCUUCAAACCCUUCGGCUGCGAGAUUUGCGGCAAGGGAUUUCAGCGCAAGGUGGACCUCCGCCGGCACCACGAGAGCCAGCAUAACUUGAAGUGAGACGAAAUGUUGUGCUGAGCUAGCAAACAGAUUUUUUUUUUCGUGGUACGGCUACGAUAUACGUAGCAAGGAUAUGAAAAAUGUGAAAUCUUUAAGUGGAGACAAAUGCACUCAAGCAAAAAGCUACUUUGUACAGGAUUUUUGUUGUUGUUGUUGUUGUUGCCAGUUUUCAAUGUUUUGAAUUGUGUUGCCUCAGCCAGUGAAUUUAUGAAGUAAUUUACACAUUUCUUGACAUCAGUUGAUGAGAGAAGCGUCAACAUCGCCUAGGCAAUGAAUUGUACAUAACAAAGGUUUGUUUUUUCAUAUAUGAAACAAAAUGUCAUGUACUGAUACAUGUUUAAAUGGAGGCAAUGUUGAAUUGCACUCGAGCAAAAGGCUAGCAUGUGCAACAAAGUUUGUUUUUGCUGUUUUCAGAGAUGGGCACAAAUACAUCAGAAAGUAUAUUGUUACAAAUUACAAACACUUGCUCAUCAAAUGUACCAAUAAAUCAAAUGUAUACAAACUGAUAUAUAUAUAUCACAUUCUAGAAAUUUAGCAGCCUCAGUAUGGGUCUGACCUUAACCCCCCUACAUUCAAAAGAUAAGCCCGCUAGUUCCCCCACAUCAGAGAUUUGCAAGUGGCCAGUCAGGGUAUCUUGGAGGUGGGAGGCUGCUAAUUCAGGGGUGCAUGCUGGUCGGUUUCUGUCAGUCAAAGCGGCCAUUGACAGACUGACUGAGUGAACAGCCAGGUGAAAUGCAGCUGGGGGAAGUGAACAGUUAGGCCACAGUGAUGCACUAGUUCUUUCAGAAGACAGUAAGAUGGGGCAUUUAGCAGAUGCCUUUUUCAAGAGGGGGUAAAUAUAUAAGUGCAGGGGAGUAAGUUCAUUUCUGAGAUCUCCAACUUCACAAGCAACCAACUGAACGAGGGGAAAAGACACAUAACAGUCCCAUUACAGCAGAGUAUGAUACAGCACA